CUCGGUGCCCUGAGUACCUCCCCCAGCACUACCUUACCCGUCCCCUCGGCUGGCUUGGAUCUCCUCGAUGCUCACCAUGGAUGUGACCAUCUCUGAGCUGCUGGAGCAGUUCAUGAGCAGCCCGCUGGUCACCUGGGUGAAAACCUUCGGACCGCUGGGCGGGACGAGCGAGGAGAACGGGACCAUGUACAUGGAUUUGGCCGAUGGCGUGUUCCUACACAAAAUCAUGUUGCAGAUAGACCCAAGACCAACAAAUCAAAGAGUCAACAAGCAUGUCAACAAUGAUGUCAACUUGCGUAUUCAGAACCUGACCAUAUUAGUCAGGCACAUAAAGAACUACUACCAGGAGUGUCUGCAACAGUUGGUGGUAAUGACUCUGCCAAAUGUACUCAUGAUUGCUAAAGAUCCACUCUCAGGAAAGAGCAUGGAUGAAAUCAAGAAGGUGCUGUUACUCAUGCUGGGCUGUGCUGUGCAGUGUGAACGAAAGGAAGAAUUCAUUGAACGGAUCAAACAGUUGGACAUUACAACUCAGACAGCCAUUGUUGCUCACAUACAAGAGAUCACCCAUAACCAGGAGAACGUGUUUGACCUUCAGUGGAUGGAACUGACUGAAGUGACGGCAGAAGAUCUGGAGAACCUGUCGCGAUCAAUGGUCUUUCAUCUGAAGAGGCUUCUCGACGACCGGGAUGAGUACUCAGAGAUAAUCGUGGAGCUCACCCAGGACCGUGACUACUUGCAGUCACAGCAGCUGCUUCCAAGCCCUUUGAAUAGCUCGAUUUCUGAACAUACGUCGAGUCCCAGCGAGACGCUGGACAAGGGGGAGAGGCAGCAUCUAGCAGUCGACCUGGUGGACACCAAGGCAAAGCUCAGGAGGAUCAGACAGGAAUUGGAAGAAAAAGCUGAACAGCUCAUUGACUCCAGGAAUGAAGUGGAACGACUUGAUGCAGAGUUGCAGAGGUUGCGACAGGAGAACAUGCAGUUGACCACAGAUGCGCGCUCGGUGAGAGCAUAUCAGGACGAGGUAGACUCUCUGCGGGAGAAAGCGAACCGAGUGGACAGAUUGGAGAAUGAACUGAUACGGUGCAGAGAGAGGCUACACGAUGUGGAUUUCUACAAGGCUAGGAUGGAAGAACUGCGUGAGGACAACAUGGUCCUAAUCGAGACAAAGACCAUGCUGGAGGAGCAGCUUAUCAUAGCGCGGGCUCGUUGUGAUAAGCUGCACGAUCUCGAGAAGGAGAACUUGCAGCUCAAGUCCAAACUUCAGGACCUGGAGAUGGACCGGGAGGCAGAUCGGAAGCGUAUCGAAGAGCUGGUCGAGGAGAAUAUGGUGCUGGAAAUUGAGAAAAAGCAGAGCAUGAAUGAAUCUGCUCAUCUUGGCUGGGAGCUGGAGCAGAUGUCAAAGAGUACUGACCUGCUGGACGCUGGCCGCAAGUCGUUUGUCCUUGAGAUGAACGAGUCGGCGUCGAGCCGGAUCCUGAAACUGGAGAAGGAAAACCAGAGCCUGCAAAAUGGGGUUGAGGAACUCCGGCAAGCCUUGCUAUCGGCGGAGGAGAGCAAGGCCAGAGCUGCGGAGCUGGAGGCGGAGAACAAGCUCCUCAGCAACAAGGUGGGGAGCCUCCAUACGGAACUCGAACAGGAGAAGCAGAGCAACCAAGACAUGGGCACCCUGAGCGAGGAACUUCUGCAGGACAAGGCCAGGCUACAGGAGAGCCUGGACGUUCUUCAGGCUGAGAGAGAGCGGCAGGUAAAGGCGCUGGAGAAGGAGAAUGAACAUUUAAACCAGGCCAUCACUUCACUCAGGGAACGUUCGGAAAUCAGUGCAGAAGCGAGGGUGAAGGACAUCGAGAAGGAGAACAAAAUCCUCCACAAGACUAUCUCAGAGACCACCAACCAGUUAGCCAAGUUGGAGUUCGAGAAGAAGCAGGCCCACAGGGAGAUUCUGCAGUACAAGGAGAAGGAGGAGCGGACUGAAGCGCUGGAGAAGGAUGUCUCCAGGCUCGAGCAAGACAAUGAGCAGCUUCAAAAACACGUUGCUUCCUUGAAGAUCACGUGUGAGAGUGUCAGCACUUUGGAGCAAGAGGUUUCGAACCUCGAGCUGGAGAACAGCAAGUUGAAAAAGUCUCUCAACAGCCUGCAAAACUCCCUGAUCAAGUUGGAAUCAGUGAAGAAGGACAAUAAGCAGCUGGACGAGGAAAACGUGGAGCUGAGGAGGACGGUGGAGACCAUGAAGUUUGCGAGGACAAAGCUUAUCAAAGAGGAAAUGGAGAAGCGUGAGCUGGAAAAGGAGAAGGAUGAACUCAGGAAAAGCGUGGAGCUGUUGAAGUCCUUGAACCGGAAGUCGGAGCGGCUGGAGAUAAGCUACCAAGGUCUGGAAUCAGAAAAUCAGAGACUUCAGAAGGUGCUAGACAACAGUGAAUCUAAAGUCCGCCAACUAGAAAAGGAGCUCCAGGAUACUGAGAAUGAGAACCAUGUCCUGCAGAGGAACCUGGAGGAGCUGAAGGUCUCCAGCAAGAGACUGGAGGUGCUGGAGAAGGACAACAAGACUCUGGAGCACGACACGGCGCAGCUGGAGAAGGAGAAGGCAACGCUGGACAGGGAGAACAAGCGGCUGUGGCAGCAGGUAGAGCUGAAGGACGCAAUCCUGGAUGAGAACAGCCAGAAGCUGUUGAGCCUGGAGAAGGAGAGGCGAGCGCUGGAGAAGGACGUGGGCAGGUACAAGGAAAGCACCAACAAACUGAAGGAGCUGGAGGUCGACUACAAAGAAGUGGUCAAGCAGUCCACCAUCAACACGAGGACACUUGCGACUCUCAGAGAGGAACUCUUCCAUGAGAAGCUGAGGAGCCAGGAACUCUCUAAUGAGUUGGAAAAGCUCAAUCAGGAGUUGGAGAAAAUUGGACUAACCAAGGAAAGACUUCUGCAAGAGGAACACAACAAUGAUGAUAAUAAAUACAGGCUCCUGGAGACCAGGAUUGAAUCUACGCUGAAGAAAACACUAGACAUCAAGGAGGAGAAAGUCCAGGCACUCGAGUCCCGACUGGCUGAGUCCAGCAACCUGAACCAGCAACUGCGUAGUGAGCUGAGCACGGUGAAGUGGAAUCUGGAAGCGCUACUGCAGCGUCAGGAGGAGGAGAAGCAUUCGCUGAACUCCCCGGUAGCUGCCUGCCCGCCCAGCGGCGCAGAGAAGGAGAAGUGGGAGAGGGAAAGCCGGGAGACCACGCUGGAGCUGCUGAAAGUGAAGGACACUGUCAUCGAGGUGGAGAGGAACAACGCGGCGUUGCAAGCGGAGAGGGAGUUACUGAAGAAGCAGAUAAAGCAGCUGGAAGCACAGAACAGCGCGGUCAACUCUCAGAUUGUGAUGCUGCAGCGUCAGGCCGCAUCCAUGCAGGAACACAGCAACGCUCUGCAGAUCCAGAAUGCCAAGCUGCAGGUGGAGAACUCGACCCUGAACUCGCAGAGCGCGGCGCUUAUGGGCCAGAACGCGAUGCUGCAGAAUGCGCAGUCAGCGGCGGAGAACGAGCGGGAUGGCCUGGCCCGGCAGAAGGAGGAGCUGAAGGUGGCGCACGACUCCCUACUGCAGGACCACGAGCGGCUGAUGGCGCUGAACGAGCGGCAGUCCACCGAGUGUGAGGCCCUCAUCACCCAGCAGGCCUCCUUCAAGUCAUCGUACAGGAGCCUGGAGUCUCAACACAAGGAUCUGGAGACCAGGUACCUGGGGCUGCUGAAGAAGCAGGCCGAAGUGGAGAAGCUGGACUCAGAGUUUCAGGCCCAGAAGGAGAGCCUGCAGCGGGAAUCCAGGAGAAACGCAGCCAUCACGGAGGAGAACAGGCAGCUGAAGGCUGACGUGAGCAGGCUGCACUCGAUGAACGGUACACUGAAGGAGGAAUACAACCGGCUGCAGAGCCUGGCCAAGGAGUGCAGGAGCAGUCUGAACAGCACCGAGCUGGAGCUGGAGCGCUGGAAGGCCCAGUAUCACGAACUGAAGGAGAAGCACCAGAACCUGGACAUCUCGCAAACCAAGAUUGGGAAUCACUGUGAGCUGCUGACUCAGCUGAAGAGCAACCUGGAGGAGGAGAAUCACUUUCUGCUGAGUCAGGUCCAGACGCUGAAUCAGCAGAAUCAAAACCUCCUCGAGCGGUCCAUGGAGAGCAGGGAAGUCUACCACGAGGAACAGAAGCGGUAUAUAGACAGGUUAAACUCCCUUCGAAGGCAAAAGGAGAAAUUGGAAGAGAAAAUAAUGGACCAGUAUAAAUUCUAUGAGGCAACUCCAAAAAGGAAGAACAACUGGGUGACGGCAAAGGCAUUGGUUAAGCUCAUGAAACCCAGAAAGGAGAGUGCCAAGAAGCAGGCCGUCGAAGGGCAGGCCCGCCAAAUGGAACCAGCAGAGGUCGCGACCGGGCCGAAUGCUUCUCAGGGACAGAGAGCGAGUCUGGAUGAAUCCUCACAAGGAUCCAACUCACUGGAGGAACCAUCUCCAUGUACACCCAGCAAAGUCCCCAGUGAAGGCCAGAGGGACAGAAAGCCCUCUCUCAGUUCCACGCCCUCCCCCAGUGCGAACCCAAGCCCCGAGAGCACCGUUGGGAUGCGGCACCGCUGGGCGGAACUGGGGUCCAUGGCGUACUCCACCUCCGCCAUCCAUCUCACCUCCUCGCACACCACCCCCAAAUUCAACAGCUGGCACCGCACCAAAGCCAAAGGUUUUAACUCGGACGAUGACCUCCGGACACAGUCACUUGAAUUGGAAUUUGCCAAGAAUGGAAAUGCAAGCCUUGGUGUUGCGGAGGUGAUGGACCCCAGAGCGGACAGCCUCAGCAGUGAAGAUCUCCUCCCCAGUCGAGACGUGGGAGCUGCUCCCAAAGCGAACGCUCUCUACCGCUCUAGCUCGACCAUGCUCCCCAGCACCAAGCUGGACCCUGCAAUGCCUCGGAGGAGCCCGGUGUCAUACAGCACGCUACAAAGAGUGAGAGAGAGGCCGCUGGAGAGUCGGACCAGAGCAUCCUCACCAGGCAGUGAAAUGGUGACCUUGGAGGAGUUCCUACAGGAGAGCGGGCAGUCGGCUACCAGUGCGAGCUUCCGAGAUGACCUGCUGAGUGAUUACUUCAACAAGAAGAGGGAGCCAUCAAUCAUGAGUGAGCAGCUGAAUAGGAAGGAGGCAACGAGGGUGCCCGCCAGCCUCGCAGUGAAGACCCCAUUCGAAUCACCCGACGGGAGGCUCCCCAAGACAGGACAGUUCAGCAGACCCAGCCCUCGGCCGGCUGGCCACGACGCUACGGCCGCCUCCCCUUCUGCCCGGCAGGGAGGGGCUCCGGGUGCACCGCCACUGUUGGAGAAACCGGUACAGCCUCAGCGCCCGGCGACUGCAGGUUCCCGGGUGGUGUCACUCAACCGGGCAGUCAGCUUGGCCUCGGCCGACCUCCGUGGUCAGGAGCUGGCGUGGGGGGCGGCGACGGCAGGCACCUGGAAGUCGACGGGAGACUGCAGGAGCAGCGGUUCCCAGCCAGAGCGGAGACCGGCGCCCUCCAGCUCUGCAGGCUCCACACCGGCCCUUGACGCCCGCUGCCGAACCCUCGAUCCCCGGCGGCUCUCCUUGGCCCCGCCCAAGGAUGACUUGUUUCUCAGCCUCCCGCAGGCCCCUGGCGGCUUGCCCAGCCCGCGGCAGCGCCACAACCCCGGUGAGCUAAAUCCAGCACCCCCAGCCAGAGCUGGCCCCCUCCGCACCGAGGAUCUGUCGAACGAGACCCAAAGCGGGUCCCCCACUGGCAGCAACCCUCCCCGCGGAGCAGAGGAACCAAGGAGCACACCAGUCUCCCCUGACCCCAGCAGUGAGCAACAGACGGUGUGGUACGAGUACGGGUGUGUAUAGAGGAGACUUUGCUGCUGGCAUCACUCAACCAAGCUCAAAGCAGCAGGAAGCUCCUCCCCCUUUUUGGAGUACGAAACAGUGAAAAAAUGUAUUUAAAACACUAUCCUCAGCAAGAAAAUAAGCUGCCUCUGGGUUUAAGCUCAAAACGAUUUGGGUUUUUGUUUUAUUUCUUAAAGAUCCAACUCAAUUUUUUCUUGGAACUCAGGAGAGACAGUUGUUUGAGGAGUAUGUCUUGAAAUAAUUGCACUGGACUAUCGGGAAUGGCUCCCUUGCUGCACCUCUUUGAUUUAUCUUCACAGACCUAAUAACCAGGUUAAACAGUGAGGGAUAUCACAUUUUAUAACUCACUCAUGCAUCCAGCAUUCAAAAAGUUUGGCUUCGGCCAUCAGCAUUGGAUAAUGGACUCGCACUCCACAAUUGUCCAGCUCUUCUUUAAAAAAAACCUUAAUAUUUUCGUUAAAUUUUACUUUGCUCCCUCUGUGUCCCUGCAAAACGUUCAUGAAUCUGUUACUCUCUGAGAGUUCCCUCCACGCUUUUGGCCAGUCCUUUCCACAUCACAGUGUGGCUUUUUAAUACCCUGAAACUAUCUCCUCCACUGGAAAUGUUGUCGAUUUCCCUUCCUCCUUGCCAAAUAUUCCUGCAAAGGUAGGAUUGCACUCCAUCCGUGUCUGCAAGGGUUAAGUGCCGUGUCGCGGAAGGGGUCAUGGUCAGCGUCAGGAGUGUAGCUGGUGAGGCAAUAAAGACAUGGGAUGGAGCAGGGGUGAUCAGUGGGUGUGGAAACUCUAGCAAACACGCUGACAUAUUUCACAGAAUGGAAGGGACAAGUGCUAACUCUCUCAUUGUGGGAAGACUUCACAUGUCCCGAUGUUAAUCUUUGUUGCCUCCUGUGUACCUGGGCUUGUGCGCACUGUAAAUAACUGUAAAUGGGAGAGAGAAGUUGCACCAAUGUGGAAUUUCAACUGUAUUGUAUAUUCUGAAACCGGGCAAGAUGUUAUGAUGCACAAGCCCUGUAUGCAGACAAAUGGAAGCAAGCAGGUUAAUCCAUUGGUUCUAAGAUCAGCGGUCUGGCUGUACUAUUCCAGGCCUCGGUUGAAUCUGACACUGUUCUGAUUUAAUUGUGUAAUUUCCACAAUUAUUUUUUUGUCACUUUACAUGAGAUCCAAAUUUGGGGUCCCCAUGGGCAUGCUGGAAGAGCAACAGAGAAAAUAAAUUCUACUAUUGAUAAUUUCCAACAUAGUUCAGUUUCAGAGGUAUCACUGCUGAUUGGGUGGGGUGGAGGAGGGUUGCAGAAAUUGAAUGAGUCUCCUUGUAUCUCAUGCGUUUGAUGCCCUUUGAGGAAAAAGAAAUUGCCUUUUUGUUGUACAUUUCCUUUUGUAGAUAAGGUCAGGAAGAUGGGCUAUGAUGUAAUUAAUUUUGUUAAUAAUGACUGGACUCCAAGAUCAAAUUGGAGUUUAAUUUGAAGAUGUUACUUUUUCAGCUAACAUUUAAUUCUUUGCAAU